CUACUAUUUCAUUAUUUAUGGCACUCAGAAAUGAUAAGAUUUAAUUAUAUUGCUCGUGGUGACUAUAAAAGGCGGCGAUUUGUGCACUACAAAUCAUAGUCUUUCAUUAAAUCCCAAACAAUAUGGAUUUCGAUGCGAUUUGCGAAAAGUCAAAGGCCUUCAGCCACAAGCCCCCAACUGAGGUCUAUCUGGAAUUCUACGGCCUCUACAAGCAGGUCCAUACCGGCGAUGUGAACAUCGAGAAACCCGCCGAUGCUGAGGGAGCUGCCAAAUACGAGGCCUGGCUGAGCCGCAAGGGACUCUCCACUGAUGCUGCCAAGGCUGCCUACAUCGCCCUGUAUGAGAAAUACGCUCCCAUCUAUACAUAAUUGCAUAUACAAAUAUAUUUAAUUUCGAUGGCAAUAAAGUACACGUAAUGAACCCGUAAGAAUCGUAA